GAUGGAUUGUAAAGCUAUUUUAAAAGUCUUGCUUGUUUUUACGACUGUGUUUGCGACAGUUGCUGCAGAUUUGCGAAACAAAAUCCUACCGUGGUUUGGUGUUUGAAGUCAAAUAAACAAAAUGCUGUUUCAUCUUAAUUCAUAGAUUUCAGAUCUCCUGGUGUUAAGGCAUGACCUCUGCCCUGGGGCGCCGCCUGGUUGCGUGUCUCCUGAACAUCUCCGAGUCUCGGAAAAGAGACGUGGUGGAGGAGGUGGCACAGGCAGCCAUCAGCGACCACCAUGGAGGAAGACGGAAAGGCACAACUGUCCUAAACAUCUUCAGUGAUCAUGACUACAACCGUUCGGUUCUGACCAUCGUUGCUGGUAUUGAGCUAAUCGGGGAGGCGGUCCUCUCAGCAUCAGAGCGAGCCUUCUCAUUGAUUGACAUGACAGAUCAUGAAGGAAUUCACCCUUGCAUGGGAGCUGUGGAUCUCGUGCCCUUUUAUCCUCUGGGAGAGGACGUGAGCUUGGAGGAUUGUGGAAAAGAGGCUCAAUCUUUAGGUACAGCUCUGACCGAGAGAGUGCCAGGCACCAGUGCGUUCUUCUUUGGCUGGGCAGAUAACCCGCUGCACCGUGGCCUUGCACACAGGAGGAAAGAGCUGGGCUGGUUCAGGAAGGCUCCCGACAUGGCUGCCGUGUGGCCAGAUGUUGGACCAACGCCUACGAGAAGAUACGGAUUAACAGGUAUCGGUGCAAGCCCUUAUGUGAUGAACUGCAACGUGACCAUCGAUACCCAGGAUUUAUCGCUAGGACGGGGCGUGGCAGCGGGCAUCCGAGAGUCCAGCCUGGGCGGAAUCCCUGGGGUGCAGGUCAUAGCUCUUCCUCAUGAAGGUACUGUAGAAAUCGCCUGCAACGUAGAAAGUGUACCAGGUCCAGCCGCUGGAGGCUGUGACUCAUGGCCAGCAUUCCGAAUUGGAAAUCAGGAAUUCUGCCACGCUCCGGCAUCACUGAUUGCCACCCGGGUGGCAGAACUGGCCGGGUGCCAGGGUGUGACGACACGAGGGACGGCGCUGAUCGGGUUCACACCGCUCGAGUGUAAGAGACUGGCUGAGAGAGCGCUGUCUCAGGAUAUCGGAGAGUUCUGGAAGGAGCUACAUGGAGUGCGCAUGUAGACAAUGAGACAGGAAUAUAAACACUGUCCUCAUGGAGUUACUGUGCUUAUGGACAUAUUGAUCAUUCAGUAGCUUUAGGAUGAGAAAAAAAUAAAUAAAAAAAACAGCUCUAAACACACUGUCUUCAUUAUUAUAAUUGAUAAUAUAAAUUCCUGUUAACUACACACACUCUCAGGUUAAUAAAGUUCAUUGCAAAAGUUUG